GAAAAUAGAAACCCCAAAACUCUGAGUAGAAUUUAAGCUAAGAGAGUGAGAAAACCUACUAAAACAUUCUAUCCCAAAAAUGAGGUCGAACCACGCCGCCAUGUUUUUCGGUAGAAUUUUGUCUAAUUCUUCAUUUAAAUUCUCCACUUUUGCCAUCGCUUCCCCACAUUAUCAAUCAUUUCUUGUCAAACCCAGAUUCAAUUUUGAUAAUCUCACCCACCAAAUUAGAUACUUCUCCCCCUAUCCCAGAUUCGAUUUUGGAUCUAUACGUGAGCCCAACGAUGCCGUCGCUCUAUUUCGGGAGAUGGUGAGGACGCAGCCGCUCCCUUAUGCUUCUGUUUUCAGUACAUUGUUGAGUACUGUGGUGAAGAUGAAGCAAUACUCUCUUGCCCUUCAUCUGAUCGACGAAAUGCUUCAGAGGGAUGUUCCUGUAAAUCACUACAUAUUGACUAUUGCGAUUGAUUGCUACUGCCGACAGAAAAGACCUGAUUUUGGGUUUGCGAUCUUAGGCAUUUUUUUCAAGCGUGGGUACGAGCCUACUGUUGUAACCUUUACCACUCUCAUCAAAGGGCUAUUGUUGGUUGGAAGGGUCCCAGAGGCAGCUAAAGUGUUGAAGAAGCUGUUGGUCUUGCAAUUAUGCGAGCCCGAUGAACGUACGUAUAAUACUAUGAUUAAUGGGGUUUGCAAAGCUGUAGGUAGUCUCCAUGCGCUGGAAUUGCUCUGCUUAUUGGAAAAAGAAAAGGGAAUCUGCAAACCCGAUGUCUAUUCUUACACUGCAGUCAUUGAUCGUCUAUGCAAGGAAGGAAAGGUAAACGAUGCUCUCCAACUCUUCUCUUCUUUGGGUGAUAAGGGGAUUUCACCCAAUGUUGUGACAUAUAAUUCAAUAAUUGAGGGGUUAUGCAAGAGGAGAAGAAUGGAUGAGGCUGAAGACAUUUUGAAGAAGAUGAUUGCUGAUAAGGUGUGUCCGAAUGUGGUGACAUGUAAUAUCUUUGUGACUGCUUGGUGCAAAGAUGGAAAGGUGCAAGAGGCCGAGCAUAUGUUGGUAUCUAUGAAGGAGAUUGAUGUACAACCUAACAUUUUCAUUUACGCUACAUUGAUAAAUGGGUAUUGUAUGCAAGGAAAAAUGGAUGAAGCCAGACGCAUUUUCCGAUUGGCAGUAAAUUCUGGAAUCAAGCCUAAUAUCAAUUGUUACAAUAGCUUGAUGGUCGGGUAUUGCAAAAAGGGCCAAGUCGAUGAAGUUUCACGGCUUUUUACCAUAAUUCCCUACCAAAGGUUAGAGCGCAAUGUGGUUUCUUAUAACAUAAUGCUAGAGGCCUUAUUUUGUGAUGGCAAAUGUGAAGACGGCUUAAAGCUGUUCAAAGAGAUGGAAGCUCUACAAGUGUCUCCUGAUAUAAGGACUUACAAUGUUCUCAUUGAGGGACUGUGCAUUAAUAAUCAAGUUAGACAAGCGAAGGAUCAUUUCGACGAUCUUUCCUCCAAAGGUAUGCAGCCCAACGUUAUAACAUAUACAAUCCUUAUUGGUGCACUUUGCGAAGCAGGGCAGAUAGAGGAGGCUAAGGAUCUUUUCGACGAGCUUUCCUCCAAAGGUAUGCAGCCUGACGUCAUAACAUAUACAAUCCUUAUCGGUGCACUUUGCGAAGCAGGACAGAUAGAGGAGUCUAAGGAUUUGAUGAUGCAAAUGGUAAACAAUGGUUGCUUGCCGGAUAGUGUGACAUACAAUGUUUUUGUUCAAGGUCUUCUGAAAAGGAACAAGAUGCAUGAUGCAAUGCCACUGUUGGAAGAGAUGGAUUCAAAGGGAUUCACACUCGACGAAACUACUUUUUCAAUGUUGAUUGAACAUGUGGUAAGGGAAGGUAGAGAUAGCGUUUUAUUUGAUAAGAUUAAGAAACUUGUACCAAAUGACCUCUUUUCAAUGAGGUCGAACCACGCCGCCAUGUUUCUGGCUAGAAUUUUGUCGAAUUCUUCAUCUAAAUUCUCCACUUUUGCCAUCGCCUCUCCACAUUAUCAAUCAUUUCUUCUACCCAUUUUUCAUUUUGAUAAUGCCAGCUGCCAAAUGAAGAGACGCUUCUCCGCCUAUCCCAGAUUCGAUUUUGGAUCUAUACGUGAGCCCGAUGAUGCCGUCGCUCUAUUCCGGGAGAUGAUGAGAACGCGGCCGCUCCCUUUUGAUAUUCUUUUCAAUAAAUUGUUGGGUGCUGUGGUCAAGAUGAAACAAUACUCUCUUGCCCUUCAUCUAUUCGACGAAAUGCUUCAAAGGGAUGUUCCUGUAGAUCACUACACCUUGAAUAUUGCAAUUGAUUGCUACUGCCGACACAAAAGACCUGAUUUUGGGUUUGCGAUCUUAGGCAUUUUUUUCAAGCGUGGGUACGAUCCUAAUGUUGUAACCUUUAACACUCUCGUGAAAGGUCUUUUGUUGGUUGGAAGGGUCCCAGAGGCAGCUAAAGUGUUAUGGAAGAUGUCUGUCUACCGAUUAUGCGAGCCCGAUGAACGUACGUAUAAUACUAUGAUUAAUGGGUUAUGCAAAGCUGGAGGUACUCUAGAGGCGAUUGAUUUGCUCUGCACAUUGGAAAAAGAAAAGGGAAUCUGCAAACCCAAUGUAUAUGCUUACACUGCAGUCAUUGAUGGUCUAUGCAAGGAUGGAAAGGUGGACGAUGCUCUCCAACUCUUCUCCACUUUGGGUGAUAAGGGGAUUUCACCAAAUGUUGUGACAUAUAAUUCAAUAUUUGAGGGGUUGUGCAAUAGGAGAAGAAUGGACGAGGCUCAAGACAUUUUAAAGAAGAUGAUUGCUAACAAGGUCAGUCCAAGUGUGGUGACGUGUAAUAUCUUUGUAGAUGCUUGGUGCAGAGAUGGAAAGGUGGAAGAGGCCGAGCAUAUGUUGGUAUCUAUGAGGGAGAUUGAUGUACAACCUGACAUUAUCACAUAUACUUCAUUAAUUAAUGGUUAUUGUAUGCAAGGAAAAAUGGAUGAAGCUAUAAACAUUUUCCUAUUGACAGUGAAUUCUGGAAUCAAGCCCAAUAUCAUAAGCUACAAUUGCUUGAUGAACGGGUAUUGCAAAAAAGGGCAAGUCGAUGAAGUUUCACAUCUAUUUAGCAUAAUUCCCUACCAAAGGUUAGAGCGCGAUGUGGUUUCUUAUAGCAUAAUGUUGGAGGCCUUAUUUCGUGACGGCAGAUGUGAAGACGGCUUAAAGUUGUUCAAAGAGAUGGAAGCUCGACAAGUGUCUCCUGAUAUAAGGACUUACAAUGUUCUCAUUGAGGGAUUGUGCAUUAAUAAUAAAGUUAGACAAGCGAAGGAUCUUUUCGACGAGCUUUCCUCCAAAGGUAUGCAGCCCAACGUUAUGACAUAUACAAUCCUUAUCGGUGCACUUUGCGAAGCAGGGCAGAUAGAGGAGGCUAAGGAUCUUUUCGACGAGCUUUCCUCCAAAGGUAUUGAGCCCAACGUUAUAACAUAUACAAUCCUUAUCGGUGCACUUUGCGAAACAGGGCAGAUAGAGGAGGCUAAGGAUCUUUUCGAUGAGCUUUCCUCCAAAGGUAUUGAGCCCAACGUCAUAACAUAUACAAUCCUUAUCGGUGCACUUUGCACCGAAGGUCAGAUAGGGGAGGCUAAGGAUUUGAUGACGCAAAUGGUAAACAACGGUUGCUUCCCUGAUAGUGUGACAUACAAUGUUUUUGUUCAAGGUCUUCUCAAAAGGAACAAGAUGCUUGAUGCAAUGCCCGUGUUGGAAGAGAUGGAUUCAAAGGGAUUCACACUUGACGUAACUACUUUUUCAAUGUUCAUUGAACCUGUGGUAAAGGAAGGUAGAGAUAGUGUUUUAUUUGAUAAGAUUAAGAAACUUGUACCGAAGGACCUUUUUUCUAGAUAGGUGUUGUGUUUUGUUAGAAGUUGAAGUAUUAUUUUGCCAGAAAGUAGGGGUAAAUUUAUUAGUUUAAUCUCUAUGAUUUGAUGAUUUUAAAUGCUUCAAUUUUUUCUC